AUGGAAGUGAAAGAAUUUGACGCUCCAUCCGUCGGCGAUUCGCCUCCAUCCCAGGGAUUGGAGGACCCCAUCCUCGGGGUAGGACCAUGGCAAGAAAAAACGGGGGCCCAGAUCUCAAGGGCCCGAAGACAGGCGAACGAGGUGGGAGAUUCGGAAGCUAGGGGGCGGAGAGUUCAUUGGAUGCUUCGAGAGCGUGUCUUGGAGUGGGGAGAGAGUGGAGAGACUGUCUGGAGAGAGCCGGAGCAGGCUACGACAAACGGGGAGAUGUGGACGCUCCUUUGUGAUGAUGAUGAUGAUGAUGAUGAUGAUGUUGUUGUUGUUGUUAUUGUCCAUCGAUUUCAUCUAUCCUUGUAUAGAGUAGGAAUCUCCAGAUCGGCUACACAGAAUGUUUUGCCACAGUGUGACCGUGACACUGAUCCCGAAGGAGAGCAUUGA